AUGGAGGCUAUCAUUCGCUUUGACAUAAGCGUUUCUGUGCAGCCCAGAAUAACUGUCCAGCAUCCUCUACCCAACCAAUCAGAAUGUAGGAAAAUCUACAGAUAUGACGGAAUCUACUGUGAAUCUACCUACCAGAAUUUACAAGCUUUGAGGAAGGAAAAGUCCCGAGAUGCUGCUCGCUCUCGUCGGGGAAAGGAGAAUUUUGAAUUCUAUGAGUUGGCAAAGUUGUUGCCUCUGCCUGCAGCCAUUACCAGCCAGCUUGACAAGGCAUCCAUCAUCCGACUUACAAUUAGUUAUCUGAAAAUGAGGGACUUUGCUAAUCAAGGCGAUCCUCCGUGGAACUUGAGAAUGGAAGGGCCUCCACCUAACACAUCAGUAAAAGUUAUAGGUGCCCAGCGCAGGAGAAGUCCCAGUGCCCUUGCCAUUGAAGUAUUUGAAUCACAUUUGGGAAGUCAUAUUUUACAGUCCCUGGAUGGAUUUGUAUUUGCACUAAAUCAAGAAGGAAAAUUUUUGUACAUUUCAGAAACUGUCUCCAUCUAUUUAGGCCUAUCCCAAGUGGAACUGACAGGCAGCAGUGUGUUUGACUACGUCCACCCAGGAGACCAUGUGGAGAUGGCAGAGCAGCUGGGCAUGAAGCUUCCCCCGGGGCGAGGCCUUCUCUCGCAGGGUACAGCAGAGGAUGGAGCCAGCUCAGCAUCCUCAUCUUCCCAGUCCGAGACCCCUGAGCCAGUGGAAUCUACAAGCCCCAGUUUACUAACCACUGACAACACUCUAGAGCGCUCUUUUUUCAUCCGAAUGAAAUCUACGCUGACCAAGCGAGGAGUGCACAUCAAAUCAUCAGGAUACAAGGUGAUUCAUAUAACAGGCCGGUUGCGUCUGAGAGUGUCACUGUCCCAUGGACGAACAGUACCAAGCCAGAUCAUGGGACUUGUUGUUGUUGCUCAUGCUUUGCCACCUCCAACGAUCAAUGAAGUCAGGAUUGACUGCCACAUGUUUGUCACUCGAGUGAAUAUGGACCUCAAUAUCAUUUACUGUGAAAAUAGGAUUAGUGAUUACAUGGAUCUGACCCCUGUAGAUAUCGUAGGAAAGAGAUGUUACCACUUCAUUCAUGCUGAAGAUGUGGAAGGCAUCAGACAUAGUCACUUAGACUUGCUGAAUAAGGGUCAGUGUGUAACAAAGUAUUACCGCUGGAUGCAGAAGAAUGGAGGGUAUAUCUGGAUACAGUCUAGUGCAACCAUAGCUGUCAAUGCCAAGAACGCAAGUGAGAAGAAUAUCAUCUGGGUCAAUUACCUUCUUAGUAACCCAGAGUACAAGGACACUCCGAUGGAUAUUGCACAACUUCCUCAUCUCCCAGAGAAAACCUCGGAAUCCUCAGAGACCUCUGACUCUGAAUCGGACUCAAAGGACAACUCAGAUUUAUACACGUGUGACUCGCUUCUCCUAUCACACUGGAGGAAAUCAGCAGUAAUUCCACUGAAGUCAGAGGCACUAUGCCAAAGUGGCGAAGAGGACAACGAGAACUCAAAGUCAGAUGAGAAAGGAAACCAGUCAGAAAACAGUGAAGACCCUGAGUCCGACAGGAAGAAGUCGGGGAAUCAGUCGGAUAAUGAAAUGAACUGUAAUGAUGAUGGGAACAGCUCCAGCAACCAGGAUAGCAGGGACAGUGAUGACAGCUUUGAAAACUCUGACUUCGAGAAUCAAAAGGCCCCUGAGGACAGUUUUGGCACUCUUGGUUCUAUGCAGAUCAAGGUGGAACGUUAUGUAGAGAGUGAGUCAGACUUACGGUUACAGAACUGUGAAUCGCUGACCUCGGACAGUGCCAAGGACUCAGACAGUGCAGGGGAAGUAAAUGCCCAGUCUUCCAGCAAACAUCAAAAGAGGAAGAAGAGGAGAAAAAAGCAAAAGGGAGGCAGCAUGACCCGGAGAAGGCUGUCAAGCACCUCAAGUCCAAAUGGACUUGACUCAGCUUUGGUGGACCAGCCCCAGCUGCUCUCGUCGCCAAACAGUGCCUCAGUGCUCAAAAUUAAAACAGAAAUCUCAGAACCUAUCAAUUUUGAUAAUGAUAGCAGUAUUUGGAAUUACCCACCCAACAGGGAAAUCUCAAGGAAUGAAUCACCCUACAGUAUGACCAAGCCCCCCAGCUCCGAGCACUUCCCGUCCCCCCAAGCCAGCAGUAGUUUACACGUCUCCAUUCCAGACUCCGUUCUCACCCCGCCAGGGACUGAAAAUACUGCCAGCCGUAAAACUCAGUUCAGCACCUCAUCCAACUCGGCCUUGGCUCCUGUAUCCUCUGACCCUUUGUCACCCCCGCUUUCAGCAUCUCCACGGGACAAACAUCCAGGCGGUCCCAGCACUUCCAACUCUUUGUUGUACACUGGGGAUCUGGAAGCCCUCCAGAGGUUACAGGCAGGCAAUGUGGUGCUUCCUUUGGUUCACAGGGUAACAGGAACCCUUGCUGCGACCAGCACUGCUGCUCAGAGGGUCUACACCACUGGCACUAUUCGGUAUGCUCCAGCUGAAGUUACUUUAGCCAUGCAGGGCAAUCUCCUCCCCAACACCCACGCUGUUAACUUUGUUGAUGUUAACAGCCCCAGCUUUGGGCUGGAUCCUAAAACACCGAUGGAAAUGCUCUACCACCAUGUUCACCGACUCAAUAUGUCGGGACCAUUUGGAAGUGCUGUGAGCGGGGCCAGUCUGACCCAAAUGCCUGCAGGGAAUGUGUUCACAACUGCCGAAGGACUUUUUUCCACUCUUCCAUUUCCUGUGUACAGCAAUGGCAUUCAUACUACACAGACUCUGGAACGGAAGGAGGAUUGAAAUAUGACCACAUACUGUGUUCAGUGUUGUACUCUGAGGCAUAGACUAUGUUUUAAUUUAGACCUUUAAUUCUAGCACUUUGAAUUUGAGCAGGUCAGCUUAUUCUCUCAAUAUGAUGGUCCCCAUUUCAUUCCCUUUCUCUUUAACUUGACUUAUUCUUUAAUGUAAAGAUAUUUUUUUAUUUUUGCCUUCAGAGAGUCGAAGUACCAGUUGCCUGCCAUUUUGUCUUCUUCUAAGAUGUGUGUUUUUUCCUUUGCAUCUUUAUUAAGAUGC